AUGAAAAUUUAUUUAGUUUUAUUUUUAAUUAUUAUAAAUUUAAUCAAAACUCAAGCAUAUGGCGAAACUUUUUUUUUAAAUUUUAAUGGAACCGAAUUUUAUUUCCCAUCAUGGAGAGAAAGAGAACUGAUGGCUAUGGUUAGUGCCCUAAGAAUCAAUGUCGAUGAAUAUAUAGAUAGUUUUAUGGUACCCGAUGGAUAUACAAAUACAUCAAACUUAUUUCAACAAUACCCGAAAUAUCAAAGACCAUUUUUAAUUAGUAAAACGAUGAAUGAAAUAUCAAGAAUGAAUAUAUUAAAGAUUGUCCAAGAAUGCGAAAUAAAAAACAAUAAUGGUUCCAUUUGCAACUUUAUAGAAUUAAAUAAAUAUGCUCGAAAUUAUUUUGGAAGUUUAAAUUAUAAUCAAUUGUUCCAAAACUAUUCAUGUUUAAACCCAAACACUCUCAGUAUUCAAGGUGUGGAUGGUGUCGAUCAAUUUGGCCACUAUUCAGGUAUUGACUUUGUAAAUAGAUUAGCAUGUCAAGGAAACCGUCAAUGCACAACCAAUAACGAAAUUAACAACUUUAGACAAUUUGUAACAAGUCCAUUAACACUUUAUUCUGGUAUUUCAAUAAUGGAUACAUUUACAAAUAACAAUAAUAUAAGUUUACCACAAUCCACUUCAUAUUUAUACGAUUUUUUUAGCUCAACAAGUUAUUGCACAGAUGAUAAAUCAAGCAUUGAUAGAGAUUUGGUAGCAAUAGCAUCAGCAAGCCAUAGUUUUAGGGGUGGUAACCAAAGUAUAACAUUUAUUGCAAAUUACUAUUCAUACACCCACGAAAUACCAGAGUCAAUACAAGUUAUAAUUAUAGAUUUACCAAGCACAAAAGAAACAACCCUUACCUUAGAGUUAAUGUACAAUGGCUUAUCAAAUUACUCUGGCGUCUACUCUGUAGUCUCUGAUACCUACACUCCUUGUAACAGUUAUUAUUUUAUUGCCAAAAUCUCAAAGUCUAAAUCAAUUCGUUAUCCAACUACCGAUAACCUGUCAAUUGAUGACUCUAAUAAUAACUGUAUAUUUUUAAACAGUUCUUUAAAAGCUAAAAUUUUAGAUAAAUCUUUAAUAAUAAUAAUUUUAAUAUUUAUUAACUUUAUUUUAUUUUAA